AUGCACCCAAGAACCAAGAAAAUUCUUCAGCUUCUGAGAUUGAGACAGAUCUUCAAUGGCGUCUUCUUGAAAGUAAACAAGGCCACCGUGAACAUGCUGCACAUGGUUGAGCCUUACGUUACUUACGAAUACCCAAACCUUAAGAGCGUGAAGGAGUUGAUUUACAAGCGUGGAUAUGGAAAAGUGAACAAGCAGAGAAUUGCUUUGACUGAUAAUUCCAUCAUCGAGCAGACGUUGGGCAAGCAUGGAAUAAUCUGCAUGGAGGAUUUGAUUCAUGAGAUCAUGACUGUGGGGCCCCACUUCAAGGAGGCGAACAACUUCUUGUGGCCAUUCCAACUGAAGGCGCCGUUGGGUGGAUUGAAGAAGAGAAACCAUUAUGUCGAGGGUGGUGAUGCUGAUAAUCGUGAGGACUACAUUAACGAGCUCAUCAGGAGGAUGAACUAA